UCACUAUGGACGCUUCAACUCGUUGCGCGGAGCAGCAACGUGGCGCUCCGUCUCCGUGCAACACUCUUUGAAAUCAGCAAAUCCCCCCCUCCGUGUACACACACACACACACAAGCACAAAUCUGGAUUUAUUUCCUUCUCGCUCAAGCGCCAGAAGUUGACAGAAGGAAACUACCGUCCUCGUUGAUUGGCGGCAUUGGGGGGGGGGGGAACAGAGUGUCGAUCCUCCGAGGCCUUUUCUUUCCCCAAAUGCGAUCCACCACCCCCCCUCGAAUCAACUCCGCCACCCCAUUCAUUCCCCGGCCCCCCCUCAAAGAGCCCGCGAGGCUCGUUGCAGAACCGGUGGCGGCCGCAUGGGGGGGGAGAAAGGAGGGGGGGUUCGAGGGUGCAGCAGGCGAAGUGGCCCCCCACUUCGGCUCGCCCCCUUCGGAAAGCCACCCCAUUAUUCACCGCCCCCCCUUCCCUUUCGAAGUCUUGGAAGGGGGGGUCGCCUGGGCUCCGGUAGCCGAUCCUUCGCUCCCAAAGGCGACUUGCAAAGCCGAGCCCGGAGGAGGAGCAGCCGGGCAGGCAAAGAAAUGCAACAGGUCCGCUCACAAACUCCGAGGCUUUGCAGCGGGCUGAGUCCCCGGCCGCCUCCCUCUCCGGCCGGCCUGGCCGAGCGCUUCCUCCCGGGGGCUGCUCCAACUCCUGCCCGUCUCCUUUCGCGGCCGGAGCCCGAGCCUAAGCAGGCAGGCAGGCGGCCGGGAAAGCGGCCGGGAAGGGGGGGAGGGAGGCGAGCGCAAGAGCCGGGGACCUCGCCCGCAGCACCAUUCCCCACCCUUUCCCAGCAGGAACCUCCAUUACGGCGGCACCCAAGACGGCAGGCGAAGCCGCCGCCGCGGCUCUUUCCCUUCCCGCCAGCACGUCCCGCUCCGGAGCGGAGGCGCCGGCCGCUUCCUCUCCAAGAAGCCCCCUCCCCACCCCAUUUGGUGAGGGCCCGGUCGGCGGACUACAAUCCCCAUCAGCCGCCGCACACCCAGCGGCUCCGAGAGCGCAGGUCAUCCUCAACUCAACGACUACAAUGGAGACCAGGAUUUCUGUCAUUAAGCAAGUUGCGUGCCAAAAAUAUUCAUGCUACAUCAUGCCUCCGCUGCCGGGUUUUGCUUGCUUUUCCUUCUGUUCAAAGGAAGCUUUUGGAGAGUCGGAUUAAGAUGACAACCCAGCAGGUUCCCAGCUUGUCUGACGAUUGCAGAAUGGACUUCCGGAAGCAGCAUCCACACAGAGAACCGGUUGUUCACAUAGAUUUCGGAAUGGCAGGAAUUUUAGGCCAGGACACAACUGGAGGGCAAGGAAGUUGGAGAAGGCGGAUUUCAAGCGACCCGACAGCUGGGCAAGGAAAACUGGCAAGUGUCACAGCGCAGCUCAUGUCUACUACAUCAAUCUCUAGAAAUAAACAACUGAUCUCUGAUUGCACUCAGCACUCUCUUCUUCCCAGCCCACAAAGAUAG